UUCAAGCUUAAUAGAAUUCCUGUAACAUAAAUGAUACUUAUGAAAUUUGUGCAAUUUUACAAAGCAUAAAUUUAAUAUUACAACUAUACUUUAUUAAAUAUUCAAUGUACUUCUUAAUAUUUAAGAACAGUAAGAUUAAAUAAUAUAUACUAAAUGAUAAUUUUUACAAAGAAUAAAUUAUUUCAUGAUAAAAAAAAUAGAAAAAUACAUUGUCUGUCCAACCAAUGACGCGAAUGGCAUACAAAGCAUUUAAAAGUGGCCAAGUUAUAGAAUGAAAUAUAAAGUUGUUGUAAUUUUACGAAACUUGUAGCUUCAGUGAACCAGAAAAUAUAUUUAUAUAAAUAUCAUAACAAUUCAUUUUGAUCACAUGGCGACUUUGUGUGAAAUUGUGUAGUACAUGCCUUUAAUGAUGAACAUAACACAGUUCAUACGCGUGAUAAAUGAAUAAUCGUAGAAAUAAUGUUUUUUGAACUCUCAUAAUAAAACAUCCGCUUUUCAGAUCGUGUUUCCUCCACGCUGAAAAAUACAACGCCCGAGAGUGAUUCGGAAAAGAUUAGGCUUCCUACGGACGGAGUGACGGUGGGGAUACGAAAACGAAACCUGACAAUACAAGUAUCGUGAUGGCAAUAAACAUCUGAAACAAUACCUUCACACUUCGGCACAUCGAAUUCUCGAGGAUCUCAGUUCCGGCUGUCGACAAAUCAACAGAAAAACUUGGAAGGAUCGAAUAAUGCAUUACAGAACACGAUCGGAUUGACAUUUGUCUUUUUGUUCUCACGUGGAUAAGACACGUCUUGCUCUCGCAAGAAGCAUACAUUUCCUAAUAUAGAGAUUCGGGACACGGUGAAUAAAGAUAUAGCAUUAUGGUUCGCGUUAUUAGUCAGGAAACUUACAAUGAGGUUGUUAACGAAAAUAUGGAACAAUUUUCAAUGACUCCUGAAGAAGCUAUAGAAGACGCGGUAAAACAAUUUGAGGCUCAGGGGAUAGACUUGAGCAACAUCAUUAAAGAUUUAAUUCUCAAUGAUGAUAAUGAAUUAAUUGUGUCUUAUUUAAAUCAAAUUAAUAUUGCAAUUGAGAGUCGGAAUUAUGGAAAUAUUCACCAUGUAUUAGACAAAUUGAGGAGUCAGUUAGACAAAGAUAUUGCACGCAGAGUAUAUGCAGGAAAGAAGGGCACAUAUAAUAUUUUAAUAAAUUUAAUGAAAGCAUGUUCUAACAAUGCUACUGUCAUAAAAGCAGCAUUGAAAACUAUUACUUCGUUAAUGACUGGUAAUCCAGACUUGCUGAAUGAUGAGGGAAUAGCUUUGCAAAUCCAGAUUUUAGAUACAUAUCCAGAUAUUUCAACAUUACAAUUGCUUCUACGAUGGAUAAGAGAAUGUUGCAUAAAACAUGAGCUUAAUAGACAAGGCAUUUUUAAUGCAGAUAUUUUUAGCAAGCUUAAGAAAAUAUUAAUUCGAGAUGAUAUGUCUGGGCCUGAAUUAAGAGAUGCUUGUGCCGUGAUUAGAGCCCUGGUAUUAGACGAUGAUAUCAGACAGGAAUAUGGAAAAGCUCAUGAGCAUGCAAUUGUUAUUGCAAAAGGAGCUCUCAAUGUCCUUACUGGGUUAAUGCCAAAAUAUAAAAAAGACAAAGGGGUCGUGGGUGAUUUAAUGAUAACUUUAGCAGCAUUGAUCGUACGGAAUGAAUUUUGUCAGGAAGUAGAAGAUGCAGGAGGGCUAAAGUUUGUUAUAGACGUUAUGAUUGAUUAUCCAGAUUCAGAGAAAUUAAAUUGGCAAGCCUUGAAAUUAUUGAAGGCCCUAGCUGGAAAUGAUGAUGUAAAGUCUCAUAUUAUAAUGUCAGGUUGUGGCCCUUUAAUUGUCUCUGCUAUAAGUAGAAUGAGAGAAUCUGAGUGUGUAGUGACCGCAGGACUUGCAUGUAUUUCCGCAUUAACACUGAGGUGUUCCUCAAACGCUGGUGUGUUUUACGAUUGUGGAGCGCCGCUUGUAAUCAUAGACGCGAUGAAAGCUUAUCCUAAAAGCGUGAAUGUCUUGAAACAAGCUGCUUGGGCUAUACGAAAUAUGUCUGUAAGAAAUAAGGCGGAAUGUUCAGAAUUUAUUACUCAUGGUGUAGAGGACGUCUUGGCAAAAGCCCUUAAACAACAUGAUUCUAAGAUUGAAAGUGACGUGAAGGCGGCUUUGAGGGACUUGGGAUUGAAAGUAGAAUUGAAAGAACGAUGGACUGGAAAAGGUGUAUCUAUGAGCAAUGGAAUCGAUUAAUCACCGUCACGUGUGUAUUGCAAAUAUUUUAGAUACUUUUAUACAGUUUGCUUGCAAAAAAUGGCAAAUAUAUAUAUAUAUAUAUAUA